AUGGAGUUGGGUAGCAUUGUCCAAUUCUUAGAGAACAAGACCAUUUUUGUGACUGGCUCCACUGGCUUUCUGGGAAAGGUUUUUGUAGAGAAGAUAGUAAGGGUUCAACCAAAUGUGAAAAAGCUUUAUUUCCUUCUAAGAGCUGCCGAUACCAAGUCAGCCUUGAAACGGUUCAAUAGUGAGGUUGUAGCAAAGGACCUCUUCAGGGUUUUAAAAGAGAGAUGGGGCGGAAAUCUAUAUACACUUCUUUCCCAAAAAGCCACUCUGGUCCCUGGUGACAUAACUUGCAACAAUCUGGGAGUGAAGGACUCUGAUUUGUUGGAAGAGAUGUGGAGAGAAGUAGAUGUUGUGGUUAACCUAGCUGCAACCACCAACUUUGAUGAAAGGUCUUAUGUGUCUGGUGAAAAGGCGGGGUUAAUAUUGGAGAACCCAUACAACAUGGGUGAGACACUCAACGGGACACCUGGAUUAGAUAUCAAUGUAGAGAAGAAAAUGAUGGAGGAAAGAUUGAAUGAGCUCCGAGUUGAGAAAUCUUCCGAGCAAGAAAUUACUUCAGCCAUGAAAGAUAUUGGAAUCAAGAGGGCAAGGAAGUAUGGAUGGCCAAACACCUAUGUGUUUACGAAGGCAAUGGGAGAGAUGCUCCUGGGGAACUACAAAGGAAACAUACCGUUUGUUAUCAUUCGUCCAACCAUCAUAACUAGCACCUACAAAGAGCCGUUUCCUGGUUGGGUUGAAGGGAUCAGAACCAUAGAUAGCUUGGGUGUUGGAUAUGGUAAAGGAAAAAUCACCUGCUUCCUUGGUGAUCCUAAUACGGUGAUUGAUGUGAUUCCGGUGGACAUGGUUGUCAAUGCUAUGAUAGUUGCCAUGGCAGCCCAUGCAACAAAUCAACCUGCUAUGAACAUUUACCAAGUUGGUUCUUCAGUAGCAAACCCUUUGGUAUUUACUUAUCUUCAAGACUAUGGUUUUCGUUACUUCACCAAGAAUCCAUGGAUUAAUAAAAAGGGAAAGCCAGUCAUAGUCGGGAAGGUGAAAGUGUUGAGCACGAUGGAUAGCUUUCAUCGAUACAUGACAAUUCGUUACUUGCUUCCAUUGAAGGUAUUACAAAUAAUUAAUACAGCCCUUUGCCAAUAUUUUCAGGACAUGUACCUUGAUCUUCGUCGAAAGAUCAACUUUGUAUAUCGGCUGAUAGAACUUUAUGAACCCUAUUUAUUCUUUAAGGGAGUAUUUGAUGACAUGAACACGGAAAGAUUACGAAGGGCAACAACAAAGGGUGAUGUUGAGACAGACGUGUUCUAUUUUGAUCCCAGGUGCAUUAACUGGGAAGACUACUUCAUGAAUACUCACAUUCAUGGAGUAGUGAAAUACGUAUUCAAUGAUGACAAGAAGGGCUGA